GAGCGGAGUGGAGUGGCCGCUGAACUCUGAAGAGGAUCUGCGCACACGGACUGACUGAGCCCAGCGUGGCACCAAGGAGCUCUGCGCUGUCGACCACGGUCUCCUCGUCGCGGCGCUCAAUAUAAUUAUUAUCACAAGUGCAAACAAAGAAAGAAAAUUUAAAAGAAAAGAAAAAAAAAUGAGAGCGGGAGCUGCUGCGUGGUCCACGGGACCGUUCGGCACGAGGACGUAGGGAGUGUGAGAGCGAUGGAGUGAGUGACAGAGGAAAAAAGGGGGCGGCCGGCCGGACCUUUUGUCCUGAUCGGGAUCCUCCUUCUGGACUCAUGACAACAAAGGGCAGUCAGUCCCCCUGCGGAGCGCCUCCGAGCCGCCACUGCCGCGGGGACAGCGCCGCGUGCUCAUGAGCGGCGGGCGCGGGCGCGGGAGGCGAGUGUCGCGAGCCGGCGUACCUGUGACACAGGUGUGCUGCGGAGAUGCCCGUGCGGAGCAGGUACAACCUGGUGGACGACCUGGCGGACUCGCGCGUGCCUCUGCACAACGAGGAGGCGUACCGCCACGGCAUUCACUUCCAAGCCAAGUAUGUCGGCAGCCUGGAUGUGCCGAGACCCAACAGUCGCAUGGAGAUUGUGGCCGCAAUGAGGAGGAUCAGGUACGAGUUUAAAGCGAAGAACAUCAAGAAGAAGAAAGUGAGUCUCGUCGUAUCUGUGGAUGGGGUGAAGGUGGUCCUGAGAAAGAAGCAGAAGAGGAAAGAAUGGACUUGGGAUGAGAGCAAGAUGCUAGUGAUGCACGACCCCAUAUACAGGAUUUUCUAUGUGUCCCACGACUCCCAGGACCUUAAGAUCUUCAGCUACAUCGCCCGGGAUGGAGCGAGCAAUACUUUCAGAUGCAACGUCUUCAAGUCCAAGAAGAAGACCCAGGCCAUGCGCAUUGUCCGCACCGUGGGACAAGCCUUCGAGGUGUGCCACAAGCUGAGCCUGCAGCAGACCCAGCAGAGCGCCGACGGCCAGGCGGACGGCCAGAGUGACAAGGCGGUGGAGGAGCUGCUCGCCGAGGGCUGUCAGCUGACGGGGGCAGAGCAAGACAACGACGGCGGGACGGGGGCGGAGCCCACCACGGGAUCACUCUCCGAGCAGGCCGUAAGCGAGAUCCUCCAGAGCCUUGCGGAGCUGAAUGUCGUGAAAUCCAGCCACAUCCUUCCAGAACAACCCUUCCAGGACUUCAGGACGCGCACGCCCUGUGCCGUGUCUCCCGGCAGCCCCUGCUCCCCCACGCUCACGCCCUUGGCAGCCCAGCACCACCUGCAGCUCCUCCAGCACCAGCUCCAGCAGCAGCAGCAGCAGACGCAGGUGGCCGUCGCACAGGUGCAGCUCCUGAAGGACCAGAUGUCAGCUGAGACCGCGGCUCGGAUCGAGGCCCAAGCCCGGGUGCACCAGCUGCUCCUGCAGAACCGGGACUUGCUGCAGCAUGUGGCGCUGCUGGUCCAGCAGCUCAAGGACCUGGAGGCCAAAGCCCACCGUCGCAGCCCGGAUGAGCAGGAUUCGAUGUGGAAGUCCCUGUCGACACAGUCGCUGUCCCUCAACCUGAAGAAUCACUACAGCCUGGCGAAGGAGCAGCCCGUUACCUCCACCCCGGCCGGGGGCCCCGGGUGCGAGCCCCCUCCGGUGGAUUGCGCAGAGUCCUACCUCAAUCUCCUCACCCUGGAGAAUGGACCCAAACAGCGGAGCACGGAGGAUGUGAAAGCCCCCGGCACAACCUCCAAUGGAAAGGUAGAGAGCGCAGAUGGGUCAGAAGGUUCCGGAAGCCACGUCGUGAGUGUGGACUCCCAGACCAUCGGGACGGUAGCUGAGCGGUUUCAGCAGUUUGUCCCCAAGCUGAACCCGCCACCACCGACCGUGAACCGCAAGCGGUCCCUCCGUCCGCUCUCCCCGGGGAAGCUCAUCGCGGUCUCGGAGGCUCCCGCACCGGUGGCCCUGCGUAGCAGCUGCUCCUUUCCAGACAUGAUGCCGGGCUCCUCCUCCUCCCCGCGUGACCUCCGCUCGUUGAGCAAUGGCGAAGGUGCCUCCCGGUCGGCAAGCGAGGACUCGGGCGUGCGCUCCGAGGAGAAGGGCCUGCUGUCACCCCAGACGGAGGAGGACCCAUUUGCCGAUCCUCCCAACGGCCCGCUGUCCACCUCCAGCAGUUGCGGUGGAGGUGGCGGUUUAGGGGACGGGGUUACUUUCGGGUGCGUCCCUGCUGCCCCACCGCCACCUGCCAGCCCUAUUGAGAGAUCUGAGAGUUUCGACCAUACGCUCGCCUUCAGUUCACCUGCCAACGAGACCUGCCUCCACAUCAGCUUCUCCGAAGACGAACUGCUGAACGCUUCUACGGAGGACCCCAGCAUCCCACAGCAAACCUAGGAGGCCCAGCCAAAACUGCUGAUAAUCCCAGACUUGGGAUCUGACCUUUCUCCUCAUCUAAGGUGACUGGGGAUACAGUGUCAUUCGCAGUCCACCCCUAAACAUCAAAGACAGCACAUGUCACUAUUUUUAUACUGUCUUGGACUUUGUGAAAAUGUACAACAUAUCUUCUGUGAUCACCUCAUGUGAGCAGACAAAGUACAUACAAGACAAUUCUUGGAACGUCAUUUAUUGCUUUGUUCUGGUUUGACUGGACAGCUCAUUCCUAUUGUUUUGAUCCACGCCCCAGAAAAAUUUUAUUUAUCAUUUUUCUAGAAUACACCUUUAAUAAAUGUACAUGACUGCUAUGUCUUUGAAAAUAGAGAGUUAUGGAAUAAAUAUAUUUGUUUUCAAAUUAUAGGUAGUAGCCUGUAGUAACCUACCUGUAUUUUUACCUUAGUAGCUUAACUUAGAUUCUCAAGACAUCAGCACUGAGCUAAAGUUUAUACUGACAUCUUUUUCAGAUAUUUCAAAGGGGAAUAUCCUAUGCUUUUUAAAACGUUCUUUUACUUAGAAUGUAUUGUAUGGGGGGUGGCGUGG